AUGCGUACAUUCCAAUUGCUGCUCCUCUCUGCAGGCCUCAGCUCUGUUUCAACGACAUCAGCGCAAUAUGCACCCACGACAGCAAACCUUACUACCGUUCGAUCACCUCUCAACCAUGAUAUCACCAUCAGCUACAAGUCUCCCGACGGCGCCUGUCGCUCCGCAUUCGACCACCAGAAGCAAUAUACCGGCUGGGUCAACGUGCCCGGCGACUACCCUACGAAUCUCUUCUUCUGGUUUGUCGAGGCCCGCCAAAAGUCCGACAUACUGACGAUAUGGCUCAACGGCGGGCCUGGGUCGAGCUCUCUUUUCGGCAUGUUCAACGGAGUCGGUCCUUGCGAGAUCAUCGAAGCGGGGCUGGACCAGUACGACACGCUCGCCAGUGAAUGGGGCUGGGAUCGUGCUUCCAACAUGCUUUUCAUAGACCAACCCAACCAGGUCGGCUUCUCCUACGACACACCCACAAAUGGCACUCUCAAUAUCCUCAAUAAUACCCGGACAACCCCGCCAAGGGGUCCCAUCGACGACCUACCACCCCACCUCUUCCUGAACGGCACCUUCAGCUCUCUGAACCCCGCCAACACCCCUAAUACCACCGAAGAUGCUGCCAUGGCCGUCUGGCAUAUGCUGCAAGGCUUUCUCUCCGUCUUCCCUCAGUACAAUCCUCCCAAACAAGCGGCACUGGGUGUCAAUCUCUUCGCCGAAAGCUACGGCGGCAAAUAUGGCCCCGUCUUCUCAGACGUAUGGGAGCGACAGAACGCCAAGAGGCUGAACAAUACCAUACCGCGGAACUCGACCCUCGAGAUACAUCUCGCCGCAUUGGGCAUUGUCAAUGGCUGCAUCGACGACGAGAUCCAGGCACCCUACUAUCCGAGCUUCGCAGUCAACAACACAUAUGGGUUCGAGGGCAUCAACUCGGUCCGCGCCAACCUUGCCAAUGCCAGCUUCAACGCCAACGGCGGCUGCCGCGACCUUUUACGACAGUGCCGCACCGCUCAAAGCGUCUACGAUCCGGCGAGCUCGGGCAACGUCCACAGCGUCAAUGAGCUCUGCUCCCAGGCGUACACGACCUGUUACAGGUCCGUCAUUGAGCCCUUCAGUGAGUCUGGGCGCAGCUUCUACGACAUUUCCCAGCCAGCGCGCGAGGCCUUCCCCUCCAACAUCUACAUCGAAUACGCCAACACGCCCGCCUUUCAAGAGGCGAUCGGUGCUGUAACCAACUUUUCCUCCUACAGCCUCGAGGUUCUCUCGGCCUUCUCGCGCACGGGCGACAACGCGAGGGGCCCCCUCCUGCCGCGGCUCGCCGCGCUCCUCGACUCGGGCGUGCGCGUCGGCCUCGUCUACGGCGAUCGCGACUACAUCUGCAACUGGCGCGGCGGCGAGGCGGCGGCCAACGCGCUGGCCGGGCAGGCCCGGGCGCCCUACGGCCAGCUGUUCACAGAGGCGGGCUACGCGCCCAUCAUCGUCAACGACUCGUACAUUGGCGGCGUCGUCCGCCAGUACGGCAACCUCUCCUUCAGCCGCGUCUACCAGGCCGGCCACGCCGUGCCCGCCUUCCAGCCCGAGACGGCCUUUCAGAUCUUUGCGCGCAUCGUCAUGGGCACGUCCCUCUCCACCGGCGACGCCGUCGACCUGGCUGCGUACGCCACAAAGGGCGACGCCAAAGCCGACAAGCACAGGGACAAGCUGCCCGCGGCGCCGGCACCGACGUGCUGGCUGCGCGCCGUGCCGAGCACGUGCUCCGACGACGAGGUCGAGAUGCUGCGCCGGGGCGAGGGCGUCGUCAUCAAUGGCGUGCUGUACGCGAGCGAGGGCGACUGGCCGCUCGCGACGCGGACGACGACGAGCAGCGUCGAGGCGGGGGCCGCGACGUCGGCGACGCAGACGCUGACGGGCUUGUUCACGGCCACAUCGACGCCCCGGAAUGGGGACGUUGCGAGCCGCGAUCCGAGGGGGAGUAUGAUGGCUAUGGUCGUUGCAUUUUCUUGUACGCUGGUCUGGGUAGGGACGAUAUGA